CUAAUUCUAUUUACCCCCAUAACCCCCGAACUAGGGUUUUCCCUUGCCUUCUCAUCUUGGGAAAGAAGAGGAAGAAGGAGAAGCGGCGGCGGCAGAGGAGAGCGAGGAUGAGCAAGGACAAGCAACAGGACAGCGUCAAUCUUGCCGAUCUCGGUGCCGCUCUUAGCGAGGAGGAUAGAGCCGGUCUCGUCAAUGCUCUGAAGAACAAGCUCCAGAGUCUUGCGGGGAAGCAUACAGAUGUCUUGGAAACGCUCAGACCGGCGGUCAGGAAGCGCGUCGACGUGUUGAGGGAGAUCCAGAGCCAACAUGAUGAACUUGAGGCAAAAUUUUUUGAGGAGAGGGCUGCACUUGAAGCUAAAUACCAGAAGCUUUAUGAGCCAUUGUAUGUGAAGAGGUAUGAGAUUGUAAAUGGUGUAGUCGAAGUUGAAGGUGUUAAAGACGAACCCACAGAAGAAACCCCUUCUGAGGAUAAAGCUAGUGAAGAAAAAGGUGUGCCUGGAUUUUGGCUCACUGCUAUGAAAACAAAUGAAGUGUUAGCUGAGGAGAUUCAAGAGCGUGAUGAGGAAGCUCUGAAGUAUCUAAAGGAUAUAAAGUGGUGCAGAAUUGAUGAUCCCAAGGGUUUUAAACUUGAAUUUUUCUUCGAUCCUAACCCUUAUUUUAAGAACACUGUUCUGACAAAAACAUAUCACAUGAUCGAUGAAGAUGAACCAAUCUUAGAGAAAGCUAUCGGGACGGAGAUCGAGUGGUUUCCAGGGAAGUGCUUGACUCAAAAGAUACUUAAAAAGAAGCCAAAGAAGGGUUCAAAAAAUGCUAAGCCUAUAACAAAAACUGAAGAUUGUGAGAGUUUUUUUAACUUUUUUAAUCCACCAGAAGUACCUGAUGAUGAUGCAGAUAUCGAUGAAGAGACUGCUGAGCAAUUACAGAGUCAGAUGGAAGUCGAUUACGAUAUUGGGUCCACAAUCAAAGACAAGAUAAUUCCUCAUGCAGUUUCGUGGUUCACGGGGGAGGCUGUUCAAGAUGAUGAUGAACUGGAAAUAGAGGAGGAGGAUGAUGAAGAAGAGGAUGAUGAUGAAGAAGAGGAAGAGGACGAGGAUGAUGACGAUGAUGAGGACGAGGAUGAGGAUGAAGAAGAACAAACGAAGACAAAGAAAAAGUCGGCUACAGGGCACAAGAAGAGCGGAGGGGAGCAAGCUGACCGGCCAGCCGAGUGCAAACAACAGUAACACAUUCAAUAUUGGACGAAUUAUUUUUGUUGGAUGUAGUUGUGGCAUUUCUGCAUGGAGGUUUUGGAAUGAUCUGGUUUUCAUAUGCUGCUGUCAGUUUUUAUCUUGGAAACCCUUGGUAUGUUCCAGAGUGUAGUCAUGGGGGGCCUGGUCUUGCAUUGAGUUUUUCGGAAUGAUCUGUUCUUAUACCUUGCUGUCAGUUUAUCUGGAAAAACCCUUUGGGAUUCUUUAUGGGGGAAUCAAGUUUUGUGCUUUACAAGGUUUAUCUUUUGUUGCAUUAUGUCUAGAUUAUUUCUUCUAUUUAGUUGUCUACUGGACAGAUAUGUAUUUAUGUCGUUAAUUAUGCUGAGGAAAAUUAUGCUUUGGUAGAGC